AUGAGAUCCAACCCCGCCUUCCAGGCGGCCAUCGACCUGACCGCGGGGGCGCUGGGCGGCACGGCCUGCGUGCUGACCGGGCAGCCCUUCGACACGGUGAAGGUGAAGAUGCAGACGUUCCCCGGCCUCUACAAGGGCUUCACCGACUGCUGCCUGCAGACCUACUCGCAAGUGGGCCUGCGCGGCUUCUACAGGGGGACCGGCCCCGCGCUCCUGGCCUACGUCGCCGAGAACUCCGUCCUCUUCAUGUGCUACGGCUUCUGCCAACAGUUGGUGAAGAAAGUGGUGGGACUGGACCGGCAGGCAAAGCUGAGUGACCUGCAGACGGCCACGGCCGGUUCCAUGGCGUCGGCGUUUGCGGCGCUCGCCCUGUGCCCCACCGAGCUUGUGAAGUGCCGGCUGCAGGCCAUGCACGAGAUGGAGAAGUCGGGCCGCAUCGCCCAGAGCCACCGCACGGUCUGGUCCGUCGUGAAGAGCAUCCUGAGGAAGGAUGGCCCCUUGGGCUUCUACGAGGGCCUCUCCAGCACCCUCCUUCAAGAAGUACCGGGCUAUUUCUUCUUUUUCGGUGGCUAUGAACUGAGCCGAUCGUUUUUGGCCUCCGGGAGAUCGAAGGAUGAGCUGGGCCCGGCCCAUCUGAUGUUAAGUGGCGGGGUUGCUGGGAUUUGCCUUUGGCUUGUCAUAUACCCAGUGGAUUGUAUCAAAUCCAGAAUUCAGGUUCUUUCCAUGUCUGGAAAACAGGCGGGGUUUGUCGGAACUCUUUUAAGGAUUGUGGAAAGGGAGGGGAUAGCAGCCUUGUAUUCGGGACUGACCGCUACUUUGAUCCGAGCGUUGCCUGCCAACGGGUCGCUGUUUCUGGUCUAUGAGUACAGCAGGCGGAGCAUGAUGAGCCACCUGGAGGCAUCCUGA